AUGAAGCUGAAUUGGGUCGCCGCAGCCCUGUCUAUAGGUGCUGCUGGCACUGACAGCGCAGUUGCUCUUGCUUCUGCAGUUCCAGACACUUUGGCUGGUGUAAAGGUUGUCACGAGAGAUACACUCGCAUACUCGCCUCCUCACUAUCCUUCACCAUGGAUGGAUCCUAAUGCCGUUGGCUGGGAGGAAGCUUACGCCAAAGCCAAGAGCUUUGUGUCCCAGCUCACUCUCAUGGAAAAGGUCAACUUGACCACUGGUGUUGGAUGGCAAGGCGAACGCUGUGUAGGAAACGUGGGAUCAAUUCCUCGUCUUGGUAUGCGAGGUCUCUGUCUUCAGGAUGGUCCUCUUGGAAUUCGUCUGUCCGACUACAACAGCGCUUUCCCAGCUGGAACUACAGCUGGUGCUUCGUGGAGCAAGUCUCUCUGGUAUGAGAGAGGUCUCCUGAUGGGUACUGAGUUUAAGGAGAAGGGUAUCGAUAUCGCUCUUGGUCCUGCUACUGGACCUCUUGGCCGCACUGCUGCUGGUGGACGAAACUGGGAGGGCUUUACUGUUGACCCUUAUAUGGCUGGUCACGCCAUGGCCGAGGUCGUCAAGGGUAUCCAAGACGCAGGUGUCAUUGCUUGUGCUAAGCAUUACAUCGCAAACGAGCAGGAGCACUUCCGACAGAGUGGCGAGGUUCAGUCCCGCAAGUACAACAUCUCCGAGUCUCUCUCCUCCAACCUGGACGACAAGACUAUGCACGAGCUCUACGCCUGGCCCUUCGCUGAUGCCGUCCGCGCCGGCGUCGGCUCCGUCAUGUGCUCUUACAACCAGAUCAACAACUCGUACGGUUGCCAGAACUCCAAGCUCCUCAACGGUCUCCUCAAGGACGAGAUGGGCUUCCAGGGCUUCGUCAUGAGCGAUUGGGCGGCCCAGCAUACCGGUGCCGCUUCUGCCGUCGCUGGUCUCGACAUGAGUAUGCCUGGUGACACUGCUUUCGACAGCGGAUACAGCUUCUGGGGCGGAAACCUGACUCUUGCUGUCAUCAACGGAACUGUUCCCGCCUGGCGAGUUGACGACAUGGCUCUGCGAAUCAUGUCGGCCUUCUUCAAGGUUGGAAGGACGGUAGAGGAUCUCCCCGACAUCAACUUCUCCUCCUGGACCCGCGACACCUUCGGCUUCGUCCAUACAUUUGCUCAAGAGAACCGCGAACAGGUCAACUUUGGUGUCAACGUCCAGCACGACCACAAGAGCCACAUCCGUGAGGCCGCUGCCAAGGGAAGCGUCGUCCUCAAGAACACCGGCUCCCUUCCCCUCAAGAACCCCAAGUUCCUCGCUGUCAUUGGCGAAGACGCCGGUCCCAACCCUGCUGGACCCAAUGGUUGCGGUGACCGUGGUUGCGACAAUGGUACCCUGGCUAUGGCUUGGGGCUCGGGAACUUCUCAGUUCCCCUACUUAAUCACUCCCGAUCAAGGGCUCUCUAACCGUGCUACUCAAGACGGAACUCGAUAUGAGAGCAUCUUGACCAACAACGAAUGGGCCUCAGUACAAGCUCUUGUCAGCCAGCCCAACGUGACCGCUAUCGUUUUCGCCAACGCCGACUCUGGUGAAGGCUACAUUGAAGUCGAUGGAAACUUCGGCGAUCGCAAGAACCUCACCCUCUGGCAACAGGGAGACGAGCUCAUCAAGAACGUCUCGUCCAUAUGCCCCAACACCAUUGUAGUUCUGCACACCGUCGGUCCUGUCCUACUCGCCGACUACGAGAAGAACCCCAACAUCACCGCCAUCGUCUGGGCUGGUCUUCCCGGCCAAGAGUCUGGCAAUGCCAUCGCUGAUCUCCUCUACGGCAAGGUCAGCCCUGGUCGAUCUCCCUUCACUUGGGGCCGCACCCGUGAGAGCUACGGUACCGAGGUUCUUUAUGAGGCGAACAACGGCCGUGGCGCUCCUCAGGAUGACUUCUCUGAGGGUGUCUUCAUUGACUACCGUCACUUCGAUCGACGAUCUCCCAGCACCGAUGGAAAGAGCUCUCCCAACAACACCGCUGCUCCUCUCUACGAGUUCGGUCACGGUCUAUCUUGGUCCACCUUUGAGUACUCUGAUCUCAACAUCCAGAAGAAUGUCGAGAACCCCUACUCUCCUCCUGCUGGCCAGACCAUCCCCGCCCCAACCUUUGGCAACUUCAGCAAGAACCUGAACGACUACGUGUUCCCCAAGGGUGUCCGAUACAUCUACAAGUUCAUCUACCCCUUCCUCAACACUUCCUCAUCCGCGAGCGAGGCUUCCAACGACGGCGGCCAGUUUGGUAAGACUGCCGAAGAGUUCCUCCCUCCCAACGCCCUCAACGGCUCAGCCCAGCCUCGUCUUCCCGCCUCUGGUGCCCCAGGUGGUAACCCUCAAUUGUGGGACAUCUUGUACACCGUCACAGCCACAAUCACCAACACAGGCAACGCCACCUCCGACGAGAUUCCCCAGCUGUAUGUCAGCCUCGGUGGCGAGAACGAGCCCGUUCGUGUCCUCCGCGGCUUCGACCGUAUCGAGAACAUUGCCCCUGGCCAGAGCGCCAUCUUCAACGCUCAAUUGACCCGCCGCGAUCUGAGCAACUGGGAUACAAAUGCCCAGAACUGGGUCAUCACUGACCACCCCAAGACGGUCUGGGUUGGAAGCAGCUCUCGCAAGCUGCCUCUCAGCGCCAAGUUGGAGUAA